UCCUCACGCAGUGGCCAACGAGUCCUUGGUUAGCAGGUGCACAGGAUACGUUCUCCCCCCUCUCCGUUCCGCAGCGCAGGGCCGCCUAUCUCCUCGUUUUUCAGGAAACGGUGCUGCCUCCGGCCCCACGGGAUGGCCUCCGGAACCUCGGCAGGUCGCGAGCCGUACGACGAGGAGGCCGCGAGCCGCCGCCCGCUCGAGCUCGGCGUCCGCGACUCCGCCCCCGCUUCCGCCUCCGACCACCGGUCUGGAAAUAUUGUGCCUAGAUAUCAGGUGGGAUGUACUAAAGCUGAUACAAGUAAGAGAUACUUGGAGGGAUGGCAUAAGAAGCAAUCUAGUACAGAUGAUGUACGCAAGAGCAAGUCAGGAUACUUCACGGCAUUCGGGGUGGACCUAUCUCCUGAUAAUAUGGCAGUUGCCAUUGUAUAUUUUAUGCAAGGGGUCUUAGGCCUUGCCCGACUUGCUGUGAGCUUUUACUUAAAAGACGAUCUUCACCUUGAUCCAGCUGAGACUGCAGUUAUAUCUGGCUUCUCAUCCUUGCCCUGGUUGAUCAAGCCAAUCUAUGGCUUUAUCAGUGAUUCUAUUCCACUAUAUGGGUAUCGAAGAAGAUCCUAUCUUAUUCUGUCAGGAUUUCUUGGAACACUUUCAUGGAGUCUGAUGGCUACAGUAGUGAACAGUAAAUAUGGUGCAGGAUUCUCUAUUCUUCUUGGAUCACUUUCUGUUGCCUUCUCAGAUGUUACUACGAGACCGACGCUGCUGCUGCCCAGUUUGACUACGGAGUUGACGACCCCUCCUUCUUGCCAGAGCAACCAGGUCGUAGAUUCUAUGGUAGUUGAGAGAGCUCGUGGCGAAUCACAAAGUACAUCUGGAUCUCUCCAGUCUCUAUGUUGGGGGUCCUCGGCAUUUGGUGGAAUUGUGAGCGCAUAUUUCAGUGGUUCGCUUGUGGAUGCAUAUGGAGUAAGAUUUGUCUUUGGUAUUACGGCAUUUUUACCAUUGAUGACAUCUGCUGUUGCAGUUCUUGUAAAUGAACAUCGCCUGACUCCUGGAGAACAUGCUAUGUCAGUCUCUGGUUCAGGAUUCAUUGAGAGCUCAAUACAGCACAUCAAGCAGCUAUGGACUUCUGUAAAGCAACCUAACAUUUUCUUGCCGACCUUGUUUAUAUUCCUCUGGCAAGCAACACCACACUCAGAGUCAGCCAUGUUUUUCUUCAUCACAAAUAAGCUUGGAUUCACUCCAGAGUUUCUAGGGCGUGUAAAACUCGUUACUUCCAUUGCAUCCUUGCUCGGUGUCGGAAUUUAUAACUAUUUUCUGAAGGCAGUUCAUCUGAGGAAAAUAUUUCUUGUGACAACCAUCAUAGGUUCAGCCCUUGGAAUGACACAGGUUCUUCUUGUCACUGGGCUUAAUAGGCAGUUUGGGAUCAGUGAUGAGUGGUUCUCCAUUGGAGAUUCGUUAAUCAUCACGGUCCUUGGCCAGGCUGCAUUUAUGCCAGUUUUGGUGUUAGCUGCAAAAUUGUGCCCUCCAGGAAUGGAGGCGACUUUGUUUGCCACUUUGAUGUCCAUUUCUAAUGCUGGAAGUGUUACGGGUGGUCUUGUCGGUGCUGGUCUAACAAAGAUUUUUGGAGUCACUAGGGAAAGCUUCGGAAAUCUACCUCUGUUGAUUAUUGUAUGCAAUCUCAGUUCCUUGCUGCCCUUGCCUCUUCUAGGUCUCCUUCCAGACGAAACAGGAGAUUCAGAUAAUGAAGAAACAAAACACAGCUGACUGAGGUUGUCUUUUAUAAUGUGUUCAAAUUCUCAAGUAUAGUAUGGCUUAGCCCCAUUUCAACUGAGGUAAUAGACAUGGCUGUUCCCCAGUACUAGUUCAGCAAAUCAGUAGGGAAAUAUGAUAUACUACAGUUUUCACUGCUGUCAUGAAAACACCAAGAUCAAUCAUCUUGAUUUGGUUAUCAGAAAAUGGAACCCGAUGCUAUGGAGCACAGGUACUUCUCUUUCUUUUAUGUAGCCAACAUGUAACAGGACAAUGUGAUCUCUAUGUAACUAAUGUAACCCCAUGAAAAGGUUGAAUAGUAACCUAACUCCCUUACCGAUUUUGGAUA